UGUCUGCCUACGCUAUAUAAAGCAGCAGUUGUAGACUAACAGACACUCAUUGCGGGGAGACCAUGAGAGCUGCAGCCAUCUCCAUGCCAAGGUUGGACAAAAUGCCAGGAAUGUUCUUCUCUGCUAGCCCAAAGGAUUCAAAAGAACCUAGCCAUUCUCUUCUCGAUGACAAAAAGCCAAAAAAGAGGCCAAAGACUUUUGGAAUGGACGUGAAGACAUACCUGAGAUCUAUGAUCCCACAUCUGGAAUCUGGAAUAAAAUCAUCCAAGUCCAAAGACAUACUUUCUGCUGAGGAAGUACUGCAGUGGUCUCAGUCUCUGGAAAAACUCCUUGCCAACCAGACGGGUCAAAAUGUCUUUGGAAAAUUUCUAAAGUCUGAAUUCAGUGAGGAGAAUAUUGAAUUCUGGUUGGCUUGUGAAGACUAUAAGAAAACAGAAACUGAUCUUUUGCAUAACAAGGCAGAGAAUAUAUACAAAGCAUUUGUGCGUUCAGAUGCCACGAAACAAAUCAAUAUUGACUUUCAUACUCGAGAAUCAACAGCCAAGAAGAUUAAAACACCAACUCCCACAUCUUUUGAUGAAGCACAAAAAGUCAUAUAUACACUUAUGGAAAAGGAUUCUUAUCCCAGGUUCUUGAAAUCAAAUAUUUACUUAAAUCUUCUAAAUGACCUUCAGGCGAACACCUUAAAGUGAGUGGUUCCUGGUUGACAGGAAUUAAAAGAUGGUAUCAAGGACAGAAGAGACUGCCUGCGGGAUCAACCUGGCCUGCCUGGGUGACACAGCAGGCCCAGUGAAAGUACAGAUGACUCAGAAUGGAUUAACACAGAAGGUAUCCAGGUAGACACAUGAGGAAACAUCAACAAGAAAAUGUUUCUGGCAAGGCAAAUGGAAGGAGAUACUGUGGUACUGUCCUGAAAUACAGUGAGACUCUAUUAGAACAAUGUUCAAACUGACUCUGGCAACACAGAAAUAGUGAAUGAUUUGUAUGAGACUGAUUACUGUGUGCUAUAAACUUCAAGGACAGCAAACAUGUUUGUUACGUACUAUUGUGUAGAUUGUAUUGAACUCUUGCAAUCUCCUCCCUUGGGUAAUCAGUCCAAAAGUAUAUAUUGCAAAUAACAGUUGCUAUUAUUGACAUGAAGAAUUUUUUUAUUUGUUUAUUUAAUUGUAUUUGGCUUGGAGUUGAGGAAGACAAUUAUAUAUUUAAUCUAAACUAUUUUUUAAAUCUAAGAAGUUAUACCAUAUUUGUAAAUUAAAUUAAUCAUUGUGCCAAUAAUAAAUGUGGGUUUUAUAUUAAAAUAU